UUUUCGGUUCAGAAUUUUGUAAGAGUGUAGUUUAUGAAAUUUAUGGCGCAGGCUCAGUGAUUGUUAAAAUGCGGCAUUUUCGAGGUAGCAAUCACUUUCUUCCUCGGCACGAUGAAGAGCAAAUUAAAGUGACGCCAGUCGCCGCCGAAGAAGUCAUCGACAAUGCGACAGUUGCCGAAAGUAGCAUGAGUGCUAAUGUCCUCAACACCACGGAUGACACCAACAAUUCAUUCAUCACCAAGAUACGGAGCAAUGUUUCUCGUGUGAUUUCGAAAUUAUUUUCCCCGAGCGGUCAAAGUGCUGGACGUAGCGUUGAAGAAAAUCGGAAACGGAAAGCAACGCCAGAAAAGCUAAGCUGCGCCACUAUCAAACGUUCGCGAUUGAAUGUUCCGGCUCCAGACGAUGAAGGAACGUCGCAUCAUCUAUACUGCUCAACGCCAACCACAAAGCACCAAACAUCAAACAGCAUCAAAUCAAGCAGCAAUGCUUCUAAGCGCGCUGCGAAACAAACAAGAAGAGAGCAUUACUUUAGAGCUUUCAAUGCCAAGGAUAGGCCACGGCGGAUCGUAACGGGCCCGCCUAAACUUUCUGCCACUGACCUGAUAAGGUUCGACAUACGUUCACGGGCGGCAUUGGGUGCUGCUGCUGCUGAUCGAAAGAAGGAUGCUGUGAAAAAAUGCUAUGAAAACAAGGAAGAGGAAUCGGACGAAGAGAGUUAUUUUACUGCCCCAACGGCAAACUAUCAUUCUAGCGGCGAAGACUCUGAUCAGGGUAGUGUUCCUGCAACUACAAGUGACUUUUCCGCUAAUAAUGAAGAUAAGAUUAGAGAAUCUGAUGAGAACAGUAACAUCACGAUACCAUCAUCGAUUGCCAAUUUCGAUGAAACACAGAGCGAUCAUCGAUCGAGCGUUGGUGGUAAUAGCAGUUCGUACCAUUGUGAAUUUCGAUCAACGGAGGCGAAGCCUUUUGAAAGCGAUGGCUCAGGCCGUUUGACAACCUUCCUAGGUAAUAGUUGUUAUCGUCAAAUACAACAUGCACGCGAAACUUCCGGUGACCUAUUCUUUGGUAUGUAUUACGAGCGGAAAAAGAUGUUGUUUGCAAGCAAAAACAAUCAACCGGCGAGCCUCACAGGAUAUCGACCAGCUUCCAAAUCUUCAAUCUUUGGCAGUACCUCCUCACUGAGUGCUCCAAGUGGUAACUUUGGUAAUGGUGGAAACAGCGGUAGCAUUAGAGGCCUCAGAAGUAAGAGCAUGCUGCUCAGAUCACCUUUCUAUGAGGGAAUGACUCGGUACGGGGGUGCAUCGGCUGCCCCCUACAACACUGCCAGAGAGUCCGUAUUUAAUUUAGCGCGAUCGAGUCGUGCCAGCAGCACGUCGCUUCCCACAGCCCGUGGCCAAGCGGGACACCCAUCAACGCCUUCACUUCGUUCGCAGCGUAUACUCAAAGUGCAUGAAGAGUGGUCGAGUCCAUUGAGUGAAGCUCGCAAGUUAGCUGCGGCGGUUAAACAAAGCGCCUGUAGUAAUAGGUUGGAGAUGCGUUCGUGGUCGUCGAUAGACGAAAAUACACGACGUUCUUCUGCCAACCCAUACACACGGCCUGUGAUGCCACUAAACGAGCUGGUCAUACCUAGCGUUCCACGGAUGUUGCAACUUAAGCGACUACAGAAAACAACAGAAACGGAAUGCGAGUCAACCGAACACACUAUCGAAGACGCUUCAUCAUCGAUACUAGCGGCAGUUGCAGACUAUGGUGAACAAACGUCCGACACAUCGGAGGCAGUGCCAAUGUCAGCGUGUAUUGCUACUGUACCGAAGAAGCAAGUAACAAAAAUAAAAACCAAGAUUACCCGUGUGCACUCGAACACGACUAGCGCUGAUGGAGAUCUGUUUGCGCCUGCUGAGCAAUUAGAACUACCAAACGAUCCGCUACCGGGCUUUGCUUCGAUACCGAAAAUCGAUUUAUCGCUCGCUUUCGGUUCCUGUGCGAAUGAAAGUAAACCAAUUCUUGGAAAAGGAUCACAAACCACUUGCUGCGACGAGACAUUUUUGAGCCAAACGCCACAACAUACUCUAAAGAAUCAGUUCGAGGCAUCAUUGCCGUUUAUGUUUGCUGCACCCGAAGUGCUUGGCUUUCAUAGAAAUCUUGCGGUAGCAAACAGCAUUACGUUCCGGUUUGCAACUCCGGAGAGGUUGUACUUUGAGGCGACGAAUGAUUCGAAAAAUGGUAACACCUUCGAUGAGCUAAUGAGUUCCAAGCAGAGCAACUGGGAAUGCUCGACGUGUCUAAUACGAAACGAGAACGUGAACAUAUGUAUAGCAUGCAGCAGUCCAAAACCGAUUUCCAGAACUUCGAAGACAGAAGUAGCUACAAGCGAGACGACGCAGCCCGUAACUGAUAAAAAUUUCAAUUCCAUCAUUGGGGUGCAAUCGGCCCGCUGGGAGUGCCCGGAUUGUUUUGUGCGUAAUGAUAGUUCUCAGCAGCUUUGCGUAUGUUGUGGUGCAGCAAAAAAGGAAAAUCAGAAAACGAUAGCCGCUCUCGGAACUAUUGAGCAACGGUCUUCGACAAUACAGGGCAGCUCACCUACAAAAACGUCAGCGGAUGGCUUCAAAACUCUCGUGAUGCAGCAAAAGUCCUGCACAUGGGAAUGCUCGACGUGUUUAACGAGAAACAACAAUCAUUCAGUGCAGUGCGUUUGCUGCAAUCAAUUAAAACCAGAUAGCUCAAUGUCCGGUAAAAGCAAUUCUAACCUUAUUACAGCGCAACACAAUUCAGCGAACUGCACAAACCUUCACAAUGAGAACUACAAUAGCAAAGGCAUUGGCACUAUCCCCAAUGCACCUCCGUUCUCAUCAGUAGUAGCAGUACAAAAAAAUAACCAAAAGGGUGUCAACGAAAACGACGUCCGUGAUACAUCGUUCAAGCCGGAAGCAUCUGGAAUGAAAGGGACACAACACCCUAUCGUUGAACCUCAUUCUUUUCCGGUCAGUGAAUUUACUAUCGACGUGCCAUCGACGACGGCAGUUGAUGUGGAUACAUCUACCAACAACAGCUUCAUCGAUUCCUCUUCAACGCUCAUCGGAACCAUAGAACACCAGACACAAUCGAUAGAACCGGCAUCAUUUCCCACGCUGACAAAUGCAGUCACCGGCGGUACGGAAGUGUUUUCAUCGCCAUAUACAAUGCCAUCGGAUAGCGAUGUUGUGUCAUUUAACCCAAUCCCAGCAAGCGAAAAAUCACCCACGUCCAACGCUGCAUAUGUAGGCACCACUAUUAAUUCAACCACGUUUUCGAAUGCCACAUCGAAAACUACAUCUACUUUCAAUUUUCACUUAAAUGGCAACUCUGGAGAUAUAAUGAUGGCCGAUGACGAAUCGAACGGCGAAAGGAACUCCAUCCCUUUAGAUUCAGCUUCAAAAACUAAUUCCACCAUCCUCGCAUUUCCUUUCGCCAGCGUCAUGAAGAAUAGCUACGCGAAUGAAACUGAUGUCGCAUUUAAUGAGGUGGGCAUAGUUUCGCAAAUGCAAAUACCCUCAUUACCGACAUCGUUAUCGACGACGAAGCAAUCUGGUGCGCCUGCGGGUUCAUUGUUCAUUCAACAGGACAUGCCCACCAUGCCUCAAUCGUCGUUGGUUAAUAACCGUAUAACCAGUUUCCCAACCGCUGAAAUACGGACAUUAGAAUCCCACCAAGCUUUAUCGUCGUUUAAUUUCGGAUCGCAAGUUCCUGUCAGCAUUCAGUCGCAAACAGUACCGCCCACGUCCGCGAUUUCAUCCUCUUUCGGUGAAACAGCCUUACCGACAGUUAUGGCGGGCACGGACAAUAGAAUAAUUUUCGGUGCAUCCAACAAGACAAUUGAAACACCUCUUUUCUCCUCCGCCGAGAUUAAGCCAGUCCCUCCCCCUAACAAUGGUGGGUCGUUUGUGUUUUCUUCUACCAACGUUGGCAAUAAAAGACCUUCGGACAAUACGAUGAGCGGCAGCUUGGUUGAUAUGAAUUCCCAUCAAGUUACACCGGUUCCAUAUAUAAUGCCAUUGCUAUCCGAUACCACUGCAUCAAAUAGUUUUGCCUCCGGGAAGUCCUCCCGCCAUAGGACGUGGCCUGCAGCAGCAACAACAGAUUGUGCAAAGGCGACUGAAACUUCGCGCAACCCGAAGGCUGCAUCAACGGUAAUACAAUUGCAAGAAAGGGCGGGACGACCAAGAGGAAGCGCAGAACGAUCACGGGCUGGAAAUUUAGUGUGGAUCAGGAAAAAUACUAAGCCGUUUGUGGCGCUUAAUAACCGACAAUGAACAUUACAACCGUAAUAAAAAGAAGAGAUAGGAAAGGAAAUAAUAAUAUUUAGUCUAUAUUAUAUGUAAUAUAGUAACCGUUGAUACAUAUGCAUAACGUUUAACUAAACAAGAAAAGAAGCAAAUGGCAGGGCACUGCACUGUGUUCACUGCAACCAACCACAUACACACACAUAAACCGCUGACACAUACAGAUUCGAAUGCGGAGUACUUUUGAGUUAACUUAGCAAACACGUCGUACCGCAGGUCAAAAAGUCUGACAAAAGUUCUUGUGCAUGUAGGUGAAUAAUUUAACUUACUUAGAUUGGGUUUGCUAUUCAUGUUUUCUAGAUUUGAAAUGAUUUUAAUAUUAUCAAAACGAUCCAAAACAUGAAGAAUGCGAUCUAAGUUUCAAAUAGAGCACAAAAUACAGGGUUAUUUAUUUUUUAGUUUCCAAAAAGAUCUUUAAAAAAAAGUAAAAUAAAUUCGGUAAUGAUUGUUUUUAACAUAACGUUUGUGUUUUGCCAUUAUGUGUGAAACACAAUGUCGCUCAGAUGGGCGAUUUAGUUUUCAACAACUUUUGCACAAAAAUACGGCCCAGUCCGUUCCUAAAUAUAUUAAAAAAAAAAACUUUUGCACAUUUCGGGUGUUAACUCGGCCAUAACUUGGCGAAUGUUAUUUUUCAAAUGCUCCAAAAAGCUACAGGUUUGUCACCAUAAACACGAUCUUUUGCGAAGCCCCACAAGAAAAAGUCCAACGGUGUCAAACGACAUGAUCUUGAUGACUAUUUGACGUCACCAAAACGCAAAAUUAUAUACCCAUCAAAGUUCUCGCACAGUAGACGUACCACUCUUCAAUCGAUUAAGGGCUUUCAGUGCCCCAGAUGCGGCAAUUUUGGUUAUUUAAGUAGGCGCCAAGUGAAAAUAUGGUUCGUCGCUGAAGAAAAUGUCGCUGGAAAAAUUAUGGUUUUCGACUUCUUGCUCACCCAAUGUGUAUCCAGUUUCAAUAAUGUUGUUUUGUUGUUAGGCGAAUAAUUUUUUUAAAAUGGCAAACAUUGAACUAAAAGUUUGACAAUGAGGUUGACAAAUGUAUUCGAAAACAGCCCUAUGAUCUCGAAACUACGAAAUGGAUAACCCUGUAUCAUACGAGCAGUAAAAUACUAAAUCCCAUGCAAGCAAGACAAAAAAUGGAGAAGGGAGAUAGCUAUCACGCCAUAUACAGACCAACAAACAUGUACAGAUAUUUUUUAUCUUCAGUUCACACUUCAUAUGAUUUUUUUCCUCAUUGAACUGUUCGCAACUCAAGUUUUCCGAAUUCCUCAAUAAUUGAAGUAUAUAGAACGCUCCACUACUUUAAGAAAUAACUUGAUUUUUUUAGAAGAAAUGGGAUAUUCUUGGAGCUCUGAAAUGUUAUGCGAAAAAAUAUAAAA